ACUCUGAACGCCCAGUUCCCGUGUCUCUCCGCCGCGCCGGCUUCACCCUGCGUCCCAGGGUCCCUUCCCCGCGUUCCUCCCCCCACCUCCCUGCCCCGCUCGGGGCACCUAGCAUAGCCCGGGGAUUGGGGGUGGGGUGGGGGGGAGACCGGAUCCCAGCAGGUGGAGCGGCCAGGUGAGCCCUGAAAGGUGGGGUUGGGCGGGGGCGCUGCGGGCCCCACCCCGGGAUCCGGUGACGCCGGGGCUGGAAUUUGACACCGGAUGGCGGCGGGCAGGAGGCUGCCGAGGGAUGGAGUUGGGCCCGGCCCCCAGACACGGCCCACGGGCUCCGCCAGCAGCAGGUCCCUCGGGCGCCAGCCCUACUGUGUCCCGGACCCAGAGCCCUGCACUGCGGGCGCACACCGGCUGCCAAGGCCACGCUCUUGGCUAAGAGACGCGCUCCCAGGUGCACAGCCCUGGGCAUGAGCCUGUUCAGCUGCGGAAGAAAGGCCAGCACUGGUCCCAGGAAAGGUGCCUAGAAGAACACGGAGGAGGACCCUCCCGCGAGAUGGAGUCCGGAUGUGGAAGCCCUUCCGUGCUGCCCCCCUGGCCGCAGCCUAGGCGGCAGCCCGCCCUGUGGCCCGCCCUGGCCGCCCUGGUCCUGCUCAGCAGCGUCGCCGAGGCCUCCCUGGGCCCCGCGCCCCGCAGUCCCGCCCCGCGCCUCGGCCCCGCUCCGGCCCCGGCGCCCCCCACCGGCCACCUGCCGGGAGGCCGCGCGGCGCGCACGUGCGGCGGAAGAGCCCGGCGGCCGCCGCCCCCGCCCCGGGCCGCGCCCCCGCCGCCCGCGCCCUCGCCCGCGCCCUCCCGCGGGGGCCGUGCGGCGCGGGCGGGGGGCCGGGGGGGCCGCGCGGGGGCGCGGGGCUGCCGCCUGCGCUCGCAGCUGGUGCCGGUGCGCGCGCUCGGCCUGGGCCACAGCUCCGACGAGCUGGUGCGCUUCCGCUUCUGCAGCGGCUCGUGCCGCCGGGCGCGCUCCGCGCACGACCUGAGCCUGGCCAGCCUGCUGGGCGCCGGGGCCCUGCGGCCGCCCCCGGGCUCGCGGCCCGCCAGCCAGCCGUGCUGCCGCCCCACGCGCUACGAGGCCGUCUCCUUCAUGGACGUCAACAGCACCUGGAGGACCGUGGACCGCCUGUCGGCCACCGCCUGCGGCUGCCUGGGCUGAGGCCUCGCCCCGGGGCCGGGCGGACUGCACCCUCGGCCGCGGGGCCCCCUCUGAGCCGGCGGGUGAGUGAUGCCAGCAGCCCCGAGAGGCGGAGGGCCCACGGACCCGCGCCCCCAGGGUGCCCGCCCCGCAGACACGGACACGUCGGCUCUGGAGCCCGUAGGACCCGCUGCGCACGGACUGGCACGGACCAGGCUCCACGGACCAGGCCCCGGAGCCAGCCCCCCGCCCCCAACCCUGCAGUGGCUGGGCCGCCAAGCCUCGCCCAGGCCCCACGGACCAGGCCCCGGAGCCAGCCGCCCCCCCCAACCCUGCAGUGGCCGGGCCGCCAAGCCUUGCCCAGGCCUGGGGGGGGGCGCGGACCGGAGGAGGCGGCGCGGUUGCGUUGCGCGCGCGGGCCUGUACCCACUGGCAGGAGCUGGACCCCUAUUUAUUACUCCUAAGUUAUUUAUUUACUUUCAUGCUGUGUUGGAUCUUUUCCCGGGCAGUGGGGCUGGCUGCGAGCCCCUGAUGGCCGUCGAGCCUGGCCUCAGGCUGAGUCAGCAAUCGGGCCUGGCCCGGAUUUUCCAUUGCUCACCUCCAUCCUGCAGCUCUGGGACAUGGGGCACGGAACACAGGCAGAGUGGGUGGCACAGGUGUGUUCUCCGGCCCAACAGGCCAGCUCUCACCCGCACGCACAGUCCCCAGUGCUCGGGACCUGGAGUUACAAGAAAACCCUACCCUUGGGACAGACCCCAGGCUUUCUGGGGGCCUCAGUGUGUAAUGACACAGUGAACCACACCUUGCCCCAUCCCACUGUCACUAAUCUGUGUCCUACCCUCCAGGGCACCCUGACACGCGCAUACACUUCCUCUGCUUGUAGACAAUCCAGCAUGGGGGGCGCUCACUACCCACAUUCCAUGAAGCAGCCCAGGGUAAAAGAGCUGCAGAAAAGGCUGGGGCUGGGGAAGAAGGUGCAAUGGGAGGCUGGUUUCUGGAGGAACGAAGCAGAGAGCGUCAAGGCAAUAGAAAGGCAGGAAAGGACCAAGAGACCCCAAGAGGGAUCUGCAAUUUUGAGUGAUGAACAAGGAUAUUUAUUCAUUCAACAAACACUGAUUAGUUACCUAUAUGUCAGACACUAGGGAGACCCCAGAGAUACAGAAGUGAAAGGGAUAUGAUCCCUGCCCUGAAGCUUAAGUCAGGAGAGACAAAUUCAAUUUGACAAACCGUAUGAAAAAGGACAAGAAGCUAAGAGGUAUACACAUUCAUCUGGAAGGAAGGAGGGGUUAGUGCUGACCCUGGCCUUCACAGUGUCCCCAAGUCAUCUCUCAAAAGUCCAUGCAACCCCUCUGAGCUUUCCUGCAUGUCCUGUGAAAUCCUGAUUCCUGGGUCCUAUGAAUUUGUCCAAUAUGAUGAUGUUCUUUGGAAAGAAGAUGAGGGCAUGCGUUUGGAAAGGAUGCCGACUCAGAGGGAACCACCAGGCAUCUAGAGGGGCUGUCGCUGGCCUGUCGCUGGCCUGAAGCUGAGGAGGGAGGUCUGGGCUGGAGACUGUGCUAGCGGCUGUGAGCACAAGGGCAAUAGCUGCGGCCGAGGUGCGUGGGAGCACCAUAGGAGUGAGCCGGCUGAGGCUGGGACCCCUCAGCCAUCUGCCACUGCUAAGCAAAAUUCCUUGCAAACUGUCUAAGCGCCUGCCUGCUUUGGCACAGGUGCCCCUGUCACCCAGGACAGGGCAAGGAGCAGGCAAAAGUGAGGGCUGUGUGCAUUCUGGGUCAAGGAGAAACCAGUCUGGGCUUCCAGUCUUCUGUGCUCACUGCCCCAGUUCUAGAUGCUCCCAAAACUCUGGUGCUCACACCACCUUCAAACCCUCCUUUGGUCCCUCUCUCUGCCCCCAAACUGAUUCAGGAUCCUCAGUCUCCUGCCCUCCCACUCCCACCCGAAGAUAAUGGCACCAGUGCCAUACAGUUUGCAGAUGCCUCAUGGAGGCCUGGGCUCUGGCCCUGGUUGAGGAUGGAGGGGGCAUCCUGUUGAGCAGGGUCAUUGGGCCCAGAGAGCCCCUGCUGGAAAGACUUGAAAGCCUAGCCUAGCCCCCAAGCCCUCCAAGGAGGCCGACUGAGGCCACCUCUGACAAUGCUCACAGCAAGAGAGCCAGGUCAGACCCCAAGCCAAUGGUGCUGGUUCUCAACUGUCCCCAGACUGCCAGUCCUUAAGCCAGAAGGGUCCCUCCUACUGCAUUCUGGACCCCAGAGAGAUUGUGCCCAACAUCUCACAAAGUCCUAGAUGAAACAGAACCUUUUCCAAGAACACAUUCCCAAAUCCCUCUUUAAAAAAAAAAAAAUAAAGCCACUUUCCCCCCAAAAGGAACAAGCCCCAGAGCUAUAGUUCUCUGCCUACGACCUGACCAGGAGAGCACUUUCCACUCCUGAGAGUCACAGGUGGUUCUGGUAGCUCUAUUUUUGACUGCAGUCUUCGUUUCACAUUUGCAAAGCUACAUUGCCCCUUUGAGUGGUCUUCCCAGAACCGAGGUACAGUCUCCUCCAAAGGGCCAUCAAGUCACCACCUCUUUCUUGUAAGACGAAAAACUACAGGCAGCUUUGAAAUGGCAGCUUUUCCAGCUUCAGGGAGCACCCAACUGCCCUCUAGAUUUGGUUCAUCCAGGAAUCGAGGUUUGGGGUUCCAUGUGCUUUCCUGAACUUGCCAACGGCUUUCCUCCUCUCUUGUCCAAGGAUUGCCCUAUUUCCCCUGGCUCGAGACCCCUGCGGCAGAGUGUCGGUGCGCUGGCCGACUCCCUGCGGUCUCCUCCAGAAAAGGAGAGGCUGGGUAGAAAACUGAGGGAUCAGAGAAAAGAUGUUGGAGAGUCUGUGCCACAUGAGAUCCCCUUUAUUGUUCACAGCAGUGGUUCUUAACCUGUUUUGGGGCUGUAGAGUCCUUAGAGAAUCUGAUAACAGCCAGGGAUUCUCUCCCUGCGCCCCACCCCCAUGAUGAAAAGACCAUUCCUGCAAUUUAUCCUACGUCCUACAGAUAGGUAUUUGUUGAACUAGAUUCCCACAGGAUUUUGCUUCCGCACUUAAUCAAGCUCCCCACCUCACCAGCGUCUCUAUUCUUCAAGCUCAGACUAGGUUUCUCCUCCUCAGGGGAGCCUACACUCAUCGUCUUUGGCCUUAGCAGCUAUUGCCAAUGUCAGCUUCUUCCACCUGAAUCCAGGUACAGAGGUCCUCCUUUCCCUUUUAUUAUUUUUUUCCCCUGCUGGGAUAGCUGGCAAAAGUUAAUAAAAGGACAGGGAGGACAGGGCACCUGGUGGCUCAGUCAGGAGCGAGCAUGUGGCUCUUGGACUCAGGGUUGUGAGUUUGAGCCCCACGUGAGAUUACUUAAAUAAAUAAACUUUAGGGG